AUGUCACACAAUGGAACUUUGGAUGAACAUUAUCAGACCGUGAGCGAAUUUUACGAUGGUAAAUCCGUAUUUAUUACAGGAGCGACCGGAUUCCUUGGAAAGGCGUACGUUGAGAAACUUGCGUAUUCGUGUCCGGGCAUAGUAAGCAUUUACAUUUUGAUUCGAAACAAGAAAGGGUCGAACACUGAAGAGCGAAUGAGAAAAUAUCUUGAUCAGCCCAUUUUUUCACGAAUAAAAUACGAACAUCCAGAAUAUUUCAAAAAAAUCAUUCCCAUCUCUGGUGACAUCACCGCACCCAAACUAGGAUUGUGCGAUGAAGAAAGAAAUAUAUUAAUCAACGAGGUGUCGAUAGUGAUUCACUCGGCCGCUUCGGUCAAACUAAACGAUCAUUUAAAAUUUACUCUGAACACGAAUGUUGGAGGUACGAUGAAAGUGUUGGAACUCGUUAAAGAAAUGAAAAACUUAGCGAUGUUCGUAUAUGUAUCUACAGCUUAUUCUAACACAAGUCAAAGAAUUUUAGAAGAAAAACUUUAUCCUCAGUCCCUAAAUCUAAGCGAAAUACAGAAGUUCGCUGAAGAACAUUAUAUAUUAGGUAAAGACGACGAUGAAAUGAUAAAAUUUAUAGGUAACCACCCAAACACAUAUGCGUACACAAAAGCGCUGGCAGAAAACUUAGUUGCUGAAGAACACGGUGAAAUACCAACGAUUAUCAUUAGACCUUCAAUUAUUACAGCGAGUGCUGAAGAGCCAGUGCGAGGGUUCGUGGAUAGUUGGAGUGGUGCAACUGCUAUGGCAGCAUUUACUUUGAAGGGAUGGAACUACAUAAUGUACAGCACAGGCGAGGAGAAUAUUGAUCUGAUACCUCUAGACUAUGUUGUCAACCUUACAUUAGUAGCGAUUGCUAAAAAUAAGCCUACCAAAGAGGUCACAGUAUAUCACGUCACAACCAGCGAUCUUAAUCCCAUUUCAAUCCGAAGAAUAUUUAUAAAGCUCUCCGAAUUCGCAUCAAAAAAUCCAACGAGUAAUGCCGCACCAUUCGCAGCAACGACUUUAUUGACUAAACAGAAGCCAUUAAUAAAACUGGUCACGUUUCUCAUGCAGACCACGCCGGCUUUCCUAGCUGACUUAUGGAUGAAAACCCAGAGGAAAGAAGCCAAAUUCGUCAAGCAGCAUAAUCUAGUAGUGAGAAGUCGUGAUCAACUGGAAUUCUUCACGUCUCAGUCGUGGUUGCUUCGUUGCGAGCGAGCCCGUGUGCUUAGUGCGGGACUGAGCGAUUCAGACCGCGCUGUCUUCCGCUGCGAUCCUUCCACCAUAGACUGGGACCAAUAUUUGCCAAUAUACUUCGAAGGAAUCAACAAGCAUCUGUUCAAAAAUAAAUUAUAG